CCUUUCACGAGCAGCGAAGAGAGAGCCGCUAACGACAGUCCGCUGUUAGCCUGAAACAUCAGUCACAACACCGAGAAAUCUUUACAUAAAGCUCCGGACAGCUCUGCACACUUCAGGCGUGACAUAUACAGAAGCCGUGUCCUCGUCUGGAUUUAUAACAGCGAAGGUCUUUCACCUUCUCCUUCCUGUGACAGAUGUUGAGGCCAGAGAUCAGCCUGUCCUAACAACUGUGAGGUGACCAGGUGAGGACAGGAGGAGUGUCGGUCAGCUGUGCCAGGUUUUGUCUCAUGAGAGUCACUGUGCCACCCAGGCACUGCCAGUGACCGGGCUGUGGCUGUGGAGGGCCCGGCCCAGGAGGCCUUUUUCUACAUCACUCCGGGCUCCUGCUGACCUGUGCUGCUCACACCAUGGAUCAACAGAGAGAUAAAUAUGGCGAGCGGCCCGCCAGGAGCACUAAAGUUUCCCAGGGAAGCCGCAGCGGACACUCGUCCCGACCAUCCGGCUCCUCCAGCUCGUCCGGAGUUCUCAUGGUGGGGCCAAACUUUCGUGUGGGCAAGAAGAUCGGCUGUGGAAACUUUGGGGAAUUGAAGCUUGGUAAAAAUCUCUACACCAACGAGUAUGUAGCUAUUAAACUGGAACCAGUGAAGUCGAGGGCACCACAGUUGCAUCUAGAGUACCGGUUCUACAAAACACUGGGAACUACAGCUGAAGGCGUGCCCCAGGUGUUCUACUUUGGGCCCUGUGGGAAAUACAACGCCAUGGUUCUGGAGCUGCUGGGCCCCAGUCUAGAGGACCUGUUUGACCUUUGUGACCGGACCUUUUCACUGAAGACUGUCUUAAUGAUAGCUAUUCAGCUGAUUUCUCGAAUGGAGUAUGUGCACUCUAAAAACCUCAUCUAUAGAGAUGUAAAACCUGAAAACUUUCUCAUCGGACGGCAAGGGAAUAAAAAGGAAAACAUCAUCCACAUCAUUGACUUUGGUCUGGCCAAAGAGUACAUCGACCCCGAGACCAAAAAACACAUUCCAUACAGGGAGCAUAAGAGCCUGACUGGCACUGCCCGAUAUAUGUCCAUCAAUACACAUUUAGGCAAAGAGCAAAGCCGGCGAGAUGACCUGGAGGCCUUAGGCCACAUGUUCAUGUAUUUCCUUCGUGGGAGCCUACCAUGGCAAGGACUGAAGGCAGACACAUUGAAAGAGCGAUACCAGAAGAUUGGAGACACCAAACGAAACACUCCCAUCGAGGUCCUCUGUGAGAACUUCCCAGAGGAGAUGGCCACCUACCUGCGAUAUGUGAGACGGUUGGACUUCUUUGAAAAGCCGGACUAUGAAUAUCUGCGGACUCUGUUCACCGAACUGUUUGAGAGGAAGGGAUACACCUUUGAUUACACCUACGACUGGGUUGGCAGGCCGAUACCCACACCAGUGGGGUCUACCCACAUAGACUCGGGAGCCUCUGCUGUGACGAGAGAGACCCAUCCUCACAGAGACCGGCCCACACCGCACCCACCCAUUAGAAACCAGACAGCAGCCUCAGACCGACGAGGAGCAUGGGAGGUGCAGCCCACACGCCAAGCAAACUCCUCCUACCUGACCUCCCACCUGGCAGCGGACAGGCACGGGGGCUCAGUGCAGGUGGUCAGCUCGACCAACGGGGAGCUGAAUGCAGACGAACCCCUGACGGUUCAUUCCAACGCUCCCAUCACAGCUCAGGCAGAGGUGGAAGUGGUCGACGAGGCCAAGUGCUGCUGCUUCUUCAAGCGAAAACGGAAGAAGAACACGCCGAGGCAGAAAUGAUCCUCCACCACCGACCUGAAACGCUCUGUGUCCCGCUCAGUUGAUUGUGAUCUCAGAAAUCAAUAAGGUCCCAUUCAGAAUAAUAAGGGGAGACAACCGAAAGGUCUUGAUUGAAUUGUCCUCUGGAGGGGCCCGGUAAAAAUGGUUUGUUGAGAUGGACAAGGGGCUUGUGUCUUUUGAUGGGAGUCUUAUUUUAUUUUUUUCCUCCUACAUUUGUUGGAAUGUUUUGCCGGCCAGUCGUCCAAACGGGGAACCUUUUUUUAUUUUUUUUGCAGAAGAAAUUAUAAUUUUUUCUCCCAUCCUAAAAGAAACCCAGCUUUUUUACUUUUUAUUUAAUUUUUGGAUGAUUUUUGCUCCUGUUUCUCUUCCAUGGUAUUGCAAAGACAGAGACAGAUCUUCCCGUGGACUGUUGCCACCUUCAGCCUGUUGCAUAUUAUCAUUUCUUUGCUUGUCCCACAAAAUCAUGUCUUCAUUUUCCAUCUGUCAAGUCCCAGUUCAAAGUGGUUUGCUCCUCAUUAGUUUGCCAACUCAUUUUUGACUCGAUGCCCUUUUUGGUCAUUCCUGACGUGGGACUGAAUGUAAACCUGAACACACAAGGAGCCAAGAGUGUAACUGCCUAUCUUCAGGCAGAAAGAGCACCAGUCAGCCAUUUGGCCCCUGCACUUUUUUUCCUCCAAAGAGGUCAACCUUGGCACUGGGACCCGGGGCCUGAGAGGACAGAAGCCCAGAGACGCCUCCUGCACUGUGGUCUCUGAGAAGGACUUCUGCUCACCUUGCUUGGUUAAAGCACUCUCCUUAACCACGCCGCUAAAAACACACUACAGUCUCUUUCGACUCGCAUGCCGUCUUGCUCCUGUCGGCUUUGUGAUAACGAGCAGCGACCUGACACUUGUUCACGGGGCAUAAAAACAAUGUGCUAUUUACGCUAUUUAACUCUUGGUUGCCACCUGUUUUCUUACUAAAUCUAAAAACAUACACACUGAAUGUAUGGACAGAAAUGCAAAUGACUUUGGAGCAUUUAUACAAUCUGUCAUGCGCAUGGGAAGGAAAUUGCAAUUUAGAAGUUAAGACCAAUGUUUUAAAAAAAAAAAAGGAAAAAAGUUUGACCAAAACUAAGUGGAUUAGAGGGGGAGGGUCUUAAAUGUUGUUAAUCUUAAUAAUGUGAUGGUCAAAAUUGACUCCUCACCGGAAGACACUGGGGGAUGUUGCUUUGGAGUGACAAGAGAAACUGGCGUGAUGUGCAUUGGAGAUCGAUUCACAGCCGCUCCACGCUACUGUCCAAUGCCUUAACCCCCCCCCCCCCCCCACCAACCUGUCCACAUCACAUCACCAGGUGGAGAAAGAGUACAGCAUGAUGGUUGUGUGACCUGGAGUGCAUCUUUUUGGGGUCUCUUGUAUAGUAAAGCCCAAAGUUCGCCAACUAGUAUCGGAGUAGUUAAUUAAUUCCCUUGCAACACGUAGGAUGUAUUCCCAAGGGAGAGCAAUGCCAAAUGGAAGGUUUGGUGUAAUAAUCUGUAUUAAGUCGUCCCUGCCCCCAGUCUGAAGACCCCUGUGCUGCAAAGCCAUGUUUUAAGUUUGGGCGACUCUGCUGAACCCCCGGUUCCUCUCCACUGUCAGCGGGGGCGAUAAAAUAACAUGUCCAUACCAUUUUUAUUUUUUAUUUAGUGUCAUGGAGGACUGCCUUGAAACAAUAUCCUCGAUAUGUCACCUUGCCUAUCCUCCUAACAGAGAGUGAAUUACCGUACAUAGGUGUUUUAUUUUUGUAUUUGAUAUCUUGCUAAUGUGAAUUUGUUGAAUGCAAUUAUUUUUUUUUCAUUCCAAAUAGCCAUGGGGAAAGAGAGGGUUAAAAAAAAAAGCUUGAGACCAUGACUGCACUACAUUUGUUGACUCGGCUUUCCCUGACGAGACCCUGCCUUCUUAAUACUGAACUUUAACGUGCUUAUUACUUUAAUUGUAGCUGCCUAUGCGUGCUAGGCUUUCCUUUAUAGGGUGCAGGGAAUACACUUUCAAUGGACUUUUAUCCCCACCCACUCCUUUGUUGUGCCAUGACACCUUCCUACUUCCUCUCUGCACACACGCAUGCACACACACACACACACACUCUCUCACACACGUCCUAUAUGAGUCUGAUCCUAGCGGAGUGCUAGAUUUGGUGUUUUGUGGACCUGCUCCAUCAUCUUUGGAAAUACAAUGUUGUAGAUGUUGCAGACUCAAUGAAUCAGUAUGUAAACCUGCUUGUUGCGUGUAUUUACACUGUAUAGCUUUUGGUUUAUUCUCAGCCCUGAUAUGUCAGUUACUCCGGGGUCUAAGUUAUUGUGUUAUUGAAAGUACUUGAAUAUGAAAAUCUACGGGACCUUUUAUGUUUGUUUUUUGCAUUUUCUUGGUCAUUUUCAUAGUAAAUCCAUACAUUUUUAGGGGAUUUGAGGGGAAUGAUGGGAAAAUGGGCUAUUUGAAUGACAGGUAUUCAUCUCCUUGAGAUGUCUUUAGUGCCUCGUGAGUGUGUUGGACAGGUGUCAGACUGUGGAGUCCUGUGCCAGUGUUGGGUUCAUGUUUUACCCAGAGGAGUUGGAUGGAGGUUAAAAUCACACUUUUGUUUCUGUGAAAUAUUAACCAUAAUGUAUUCCGAUCCAUUAAAAUCCUUUAUUUGUUCCAACACAUGUAACAUCUGCUGCCUGUGACUCUCCCCACAAGGCAUCAGCACACCCGGACUGUUUCACUCCAGCUACCUGUGAAAAGUUGGAAGUAUUUCUGUGUAGUGAGAUGGAUAUCAAGACUAUAAUAGCCUUCGACGUUCCCCCUGAAUUCCCCGAGUGCCAUUCUGAGACUACUACUGGCCCAUGCCAAUUUUGCCCGUGCCAGGAAAAUGUUUUUUUGACCAUCGCACUCCACCUUGUGUCCUUGACGUGUUCACUGUCAUUUGGAAAAAUCCCAGAGCAACGUGGCUCAAUUCAGUACCAGGAAGUGUUUUAACGGUUGUUAAAGAGUGUUGGAAAACGUGUUUUAUGAUUAGCUUCUGUUGGUUUCUCUCUCUUAAUGUUGAAACCAACAGCAUUUUGUCGACCAAGUUUAUUAUUUCAGAGUUGGAUUUGUGACCGGUCGUCUUCGCAGCGUCUGCUUCUUCCUUAAACUGUGGGUCCUGGCUGAAAUGGUAGAUAUAGAAAUAUUACUCUGAUGUAUUUACUUUUCUCUCUCUGGGCCUCGUACAGAGCGAUAUAGGAGUACACUGUGUGUUUUGUAUCUGCAUGGCUUACCUGGAGACGACAGCGAGCGUACUGUCUUGAGUUUCUCACCUGUCGGGCUCGUAUACUGUUGGGUCAGUGAGACGUUAUGGCUUCCAGUCCUCAUGUAAUAUAAAUAACAUUUAUGUCUUCUCACAGCACAUUCCAUUUCAUUUCUCAUUAUUUCUGGUAUUCACUUCAAUCGGACUUGUGUUGAUGGCUCUGCUGUGUAAAUCAACGCAAUGGACAGACAACGUGUGAAUGAAUGGCUUCGGUCUUUAUGGGUUCUCUGGCACUUUUUCCUUGUUGCUGUACUUUAGGAUUGUCUUGGAUUUACUGUAUUAUUUUUCUUUGAGGGAGAGGUUUAGGGUAACAUUUAUUGCAAUAUUGUGAUGAUUAUUUGAAAAUUGUAAAUUGUACAGAGUUCACAAUUAUACUCUUUGUUCUUUUUGUUGGGAUUCACGUAUUCUUUGAUUAUUUUUUUCUCUCAGACUGUGGAAAAUCAAAUUGUACAGCUUCAAGAGUUUAUCCUCCCCUCAGCAUUUUUCUUGCAGAGCUAUGAUUAAGAGAAAUCUUAAAACUGUAAAUAAAUAUUAUUGUGUUGAAAUAUGAAUGUCACUUCAAAAUGUAUUUGAAUGAGUUUGUUAAGGGCUUCAAGAAUGAAGGACCCACAUUUCUUCUUUUUAUUGUUUCAUACUUUUAAUUUGCAGAAAGGUAAAGGUCCUUUUUUAACUAAGAUGCCUUUUGUUUUUUAGUUUUCUCCUUGGAUUCAUAUAAAAGAAUGUGUGUCACACGUGAAUCCUAUAAAAUCACUUUUUAUUCCCUCCAUACCUAAAGGGAAACUCCAGUUUGCACCCUUUUUUAUGUACAAAUAAAAGAUCUCUCCACCUUG